CAGUGCAUGUGCAUGUCGAGAUGGCCGCCACCGCACCCACCAACAAAAACGCACGGAUGGAGGUUCUGCCACUCGUCUUGCCACCCCGUCGGCGGCGGCUCCCGGUGGCGGCGAGCACUCUCCUCUCCAGAGGCGGUAGCGCCCCCUCGACUCGCUUUGGAGCCCAUGGCCAUGGCACGACAAGCCCCUUGCGAGUCCAGAUGAACGGAGGGAGCAGGCGGAUGGAUGGCAAGAAACGUGCUGUAAAUCAGGGGAGGGCAACCCACUUUCGGUUCACCACCAUUUCGCCAUGCACCUGGCAGAACAGUACGUCGAUCGUCAAGGAGAAGAUUUGCAGCAGUUCGUCAAGCUACUAAUUCUUUCUUUUAUUUUAGAUAGAUGAGUGUCAUUUUAGUGUAUCACCAAAUACUUCUUUUUUUAGAUUAGAGUAUCACCUUAUACCUACAUACUAAUGAAAUGUAAAAUGUGAAAAUAAUUUUCUGACGGAUGUAUCUUUCAAUCGUGUUACUGCUUGAA